GAUCGAGUUGUAGGCAACAUACAGAAUUGUUCUAUACAAAAACGGUAUUAACAGCCAUGGUGCAUGUGGUGCAGAGCAGCGAGGAUUUCAAGAAGCAAAUCUCAGAUGCCGGCGACAAGCUGAUCCUCAUCGAUUUUAAUGCCGACUGGUGCGGCCCCUGUAAGCGAAUUGCACCCAAAGUGGACGAACUGGCGUGUCAAUAUGCCGAACGUGCCAUUGUCCUGUCGGUGAAUAUCGAUGAGCAUAUGGAGAUUACCAUGGCGUAUAACAUAAGGAGCAUGCCGACAUUUGUAUUCGUCAGAUGCGGAUUUAUAUUGGAGAGCUUUGUUGGUAGCAAUGCCGACAGACUCUCCAAAACCAUGGACAAAUAUGCGAACGAUAUUCAGGAAAUGCACUUUUCGGAAAUGGAUCUCAAGCCGCAGCUGAAGCAGCUGCCCAACUCCCCCCUGGAGAGCGUCGACGAAGCUGCUCACAUGGUAACCGAAUGCGCUGAACCUGCUGCUACUAACAAUACCAACUGCAACAGCAACGAGAAUCGGGAAAUUGCAAACCUCUAAAUUGAAAUACCAAAAAAAAAAAGAAACCAUGCAAAUCACAAAAUUAAGAACCAAAUAUCAGUGAUGGGUGCCAUAAUCCCAUAAUCGCGUAUCCCGUAAGAGGAAAAAACCACACAAAUUUUUGCAGAUUCGUAGAAUUUCUGAAUACACAAAUAUCAUCAUUAAAUAUAACAGCUUUUCAAAUUUUGCAUAUUCUUGCU